UGGCUAUUUUGUUCUUUACUUGUAUUCUGUAGUUGCUUCAUUUUAGCUAAUGCUUCCAGCUGAGUUUUAUUCUUACUUUUCUGCUUCGAAUUGAUGUCUUUUAUUCGUAUAUUCAGCUAAUUUUAUUUUUUAUUUCUGCAUAAAAGAAACCUUGGAAGUCAUGUAGGUAAUUCUAUUCAAUUCAGUUUAUUUUGAUUUAUUUGUGGCAUGUUUAAAUUGAUCAAUGUUUUUUAUGCCUGAGAAUUAUUUUUUCUACCUCUAUAAUUAAUGUGUUCUUCCGUCUGUGUCUGUCUGCGACUUUGUGUUGUGUGUGAAAGUUUAUAAGGUUUGGCUUUUCACAUAAAUUUGGUAAAAGCAUCCUCUUUGUUUCUCUGAUUUUGGUAUUCAAUUUUGAUCAAUUUAGGGCGGCAUCUGUGAUUCUGUAUGGUUCUAUAUAUAUAUAUAUAUAUAUAUAUAUAUAUAAUCUGACUAUGGUGAUAUGAAUUUAAGCCCUAAAUUUUAGUGUUUUCGAAUGGUUUGUUUGUGUAAAUGAAGAUUUUAUUAUAGAUUUUAUGCAUAUUGUUAGUGGUGUUUGAUCCUUUUCACUUGCAUUAUUGCUCUAAAUCAAGAUGGCUGUUUUCACUCCCAUCACCACAUGCACCAAGAGCAUUGUAUGCUUAGUUGGGAACGUGCAAAGACACACAAUUGUCCGUGUUUCUGAUGCGUUCCAGCACCCGUCGUACUGUUGCUCCACCCUCAGCAAACACGGGGGACUAAAUCAUUUAACCAGCAAUGCAAAGUCUGGUAGCUCCUUGGGAUGUCAUUCGAUGACAUUUAAAGGCCCUGUUGGUCGUCGGGAUACCCGUGUCAACAUUUCAGCUGGUUACGGGGAUUUGAAUUUGAGGCUUUUGAUGCUCAAACACGGCCAGGGCUCAAGUGUUAAAUGUAGAGUAGGGCCUUUUUCUUUGAGGCAACGCAGUGUGUCAGCUGGCCUUUUUAUUGGACUAAUGGUCUGUUUUGCGACUGCUCAACCUUCAUAUGCUGAGUCGCAUGAGGGGAAUGAGAUGAGACGAGAUUCUUGUGCCGGGGAUUCAAAUAGCAAGAACGUCCUGGCUGACUACACUGUGAUUGGUAUACCUGGAGACGGGAGAUGCUUGUUCCGUUCUGUUGCUCAUGGAGCUUGUAUCCGGCUGGGAAAUCCUGCACCAAACGAGAACGCCCAAAGAGAACUAGCUGAUGAGUUAAGGGCUCGAGUGGCGGAUGAGUUCAUCAAGAGAAGAGAAGAAACAGAAUGGUUCAUAGAAGGUGAUUUCGAUAAAUACGUUUCGCAAAUAAGGAAGCCUCAUUCUUGGGGAGGCGAACCUGAAUUAUUAAUGGCAUCUCAUGUCCUACAGAUGCCAAUCACUGUAUACAUGCGCGAUGAAGAUUCUGGCGGCUUGAUAUCUAUAGCUGAGUAUGGACAAGAAUAUGGAAAAGAUGAUCCCAUUAGAGUUCUUUAUCAUGGAUAUGGUCACUAUGAUGCUCUGCACCUUCCUGCUAAGAGAGGGGCGAGGCCUCGACUCUGAGACUCUUGCUCGAACAUGGUCAUGCUUAUCCUUGGAAGGUGUACCAUCGAAGAAGUAGAAAAAUGGGGGAUUGCAGUUACAUGGAUAGGGCAUCAGUUAUGGAGAAGGCAUUGAAUGAAAUUACAGGCCAUGAUGGGAAGGGGAAUAAUGGCUAGUAGUGGAGAAUAAAUUCUGAGAUGAUGGGCAACAGUUACAUGUUAUUGCAUUUUAUUGUCUUUAAUUAUUAUCUUUAAUUAUUGUCAUGUAUUGGGUAUAAAUCCUUGGAGGUUAGAAGAGGAUAGGGGAGGAGAUUUAUUUUGAGUGUACGGGAAUACCGUGGCCUUCUUUGAAGGAGAUUUAUCAAUUUAUCUUUUACAAUUUUCAUCA